UCGCCUCGUUGUCAAUAUGGCAGAUAGAGGUGCAUCGCGCUAAUUGAGUGGAGUGGACACCUGUCAGACAUGGAGAGCGGUACUAAGCGACGGCAGCAAGACCCUCGCAGGAACAAGGCGAACGCCAGGGAACGUCACAGGAUGCACGGCUUGAACGCGGCGCUGGACCGGCUCAGAAGUCGGAUUCCACUGAAGAACGCACGCUCCAGUUCCCAGCAGAAGCUCUCCAAGAUCGAGACGCUGCGGCUGGCCCAUAACUACAUCUUCGCUCUGUCCCAGAUCCUCACCGAGGGCCGUCCCAUGGAGGGCUCACGUCUCCUGCACGUGCUGGCCCGCGGACUCAGCCAGGCUACCGCCAACCUCCUCGCGUCCUCACUGGGACUUUGUCCCAUUCACUGCCAGGGCUCGCCGUUGUGCCCCUGCGCUUGGGACGUGACGUCACAGCCGCUGAACAAUUAUACAGCCAACUGGGUCCUGCAACACGCUAACGAGACAUCAGAACGAAAAUGUAGUGUCCCUCAGCAACAGCAGCAAAGUUUCAGUGCGAAGUGGUAGCACUCCACUAAGGAGGACAUAUUCAAGAGUUUGCGAGGCCUUAAGUUAUGAUAAGUAUCAGGCCACAGUAUUUAUUGGGAAAGGACGAGAUAUAGAAAGAGUGAUUAAUAAAGAUUAAACAUUUCGUAGGCAGUUGUUUUAUAUACCAGAAGGUAACUUAACAAGAGUAUAACGACAUGUUGUUACAAAUGAAGACAGUAUUUUGAUAAAAGUAAUUAUAAUAAAAUUAUUGCAAAUGUUAAUCUACAUAUAUAGUCGCAUGUGUGGGUAGGAAUGUGAACGUAUGCUGAUGUAUGUGCAACAUUGCCAAUCACAGUGGCCGCGUGGCCUAAGGCACGAACAGUCUUCGCUCGCUUGGACGGUGGGAUCAUGA